CCUGUAUAAUCGAUAAGUCGUCCCCAUGGUGCUUCGAAUGGAAGUCUGCAGUGGUUUGUGGCCAUCAUGAAGCAAACAAGUAGAACCGGUUUAACCGCAAGCCCCAUAAAAACGAUUUAUCAAAACAAGACGCAGAAGAAUGUGCAAUUGCGGGCUGUAGUCAAGCCUGCACCGUUCACUUUGAAGCCGUACGCUGGGCUGUAUAACCCAUACGCCCUUGGAUGCUCCUUGCUAUGCAAUCACCCCAUGGACAAAGACACCAAGGAACUGUUCCUCAAAGCGAAGGAAAACUGGGCAAAUGAGGACAAGAACCACUCGUUACUUGCGGAAGAGAUGGCAGCAAUUAGGGCUAACCUGCAGCCGUUCAACUGUGGGCAAGACGGAACGCCUCCACAGGUGGAAAGUGUUCCGGAGGAACUCUUCAGGAGAUAUACUGAUACAGACUCGCGCCCGCUAACGCCUGCACCUACAUUGGCGAGUGCUGCAACCCACGCUUCCGGUUCCAGGAGGUGCUUCACGCCAGAGCAUCGCAAGCCCCAACUGGUUUUAGACCUCAGAAGGUCGCAUAGUCACGAAACUAUUCCCUACAGUGGAUUUCUGAACGAAGCGCCCUUAAUCCGCAUACAACAUGUUCCUGCUAGAGCCAUUAGCUUGGAGGACAAUCGCGACUCUGCUGGACAAUCGCCAAGAAAAGUGAAAACUGCGGCCGCAUUUUGCGCAAUAAACCUCAUGGGAAUUAAGCCCCAAAGGGGCGAAAAUCAAGCCAACAGGGAGGAGCGCAGUGAAACGGCCAGUGAAGAAGAGGAGGUAAAACGAAGGGGAAAAAGACGAAAGAAGAAAAAUUCUUUGCGAGGCCCUCCAGCUUUUCAGCUGUCCACAGACCCGGAAACGCAAGUAGCAGCUAUCGGAGUGGAUUCGCCGGACCGAAGUGCCCGAACUUCCAUAGUCCCCAUCAACCCCUCGCAAAAAGUAGAAGUCGCCGGUAGAAACUCCAUGUUGGCUUCCCACUGGUCCAUAGACGUUAACUCGUUUUUGGACGCGGAAAUUUUGAUGCAAAUCAGGAGGGAGUUAGAUGAAGAAACGGUAGAUAGCGAGUUGAACCCCAAUAGAAGACAAGCCCUAGAAGAAGCUCUAAAAUCAGCUGCCAGGGACAAACCCGUCUGCCAGGAACUGCGUGAUCUUCAAAAAGAGCUCAAAGUUGCCAAGCUAAACUCCGACUUAUGGAUGUCGUUGCCCAGGACCUUUACCAGGUCCAGUGCCCGAUUCGAACUGCCCAUGAGCAGUCGAUCCCUAUUAACAAUGACCCCUUUACAGUUCAAAAUUGAGGGAACUGCAAUUGGAAGAAAACUGCCAGGACACCGACUGCAGGAUGCCUUGGAUUUGCUGAUGGGUCGACCAAUGAGGCAGGAAGAGGCCAGCCGAUUUCGCAGCCUCAUUGACUGGAAUGACCAAGAUUGUGUGGAUUUUCGCACGUUUUGCGGCAUUGCUGCUCUGUGUGAGCGAUUAAUGGCCCCAUUUUACUGCGCUAGAUUGGUUGGCCGGAAAACGGAUCCAUGCCAAGAAAUAGAAACGGCGGACUUUGAAACCUUGGCGCGAAAGAUUGAUGGCCAAAUCAUCAAUGACAAACUUAUUCAAAUUCUGAACGAAAUUAAAACCGCAUGAUGUUGAGCUUAGUCGAAAUAAAUGGCGAAAUCUUGAGAGGUAAAUAAUAUUUAUUCAUAUACCGACAUAUAAUAUAACCACGCAUUAGAGUUAACACUAACAUUCAAAGAAAACGUCCAACUAUCAGUAGCGAGUGAUUAAAUAGAUCUUUAUAUGAUACCACCUUAAUUAAUUAACUCAUGUAGUAAAACUAUUAAUCAAAUGAACCGCUAAAUACGAAAAAAUAUACAUCAAAGCCAAAUCCCGAUCGAUUUCGAUGUAUUUUUCUUAAGGUUGUUUAGAAGUCGAUUUGAUUGUCAUGGUAAAGUUUAUGAGAAGCUUCUGAUUCACCCUCUGCAAUCAGAAAGAGCUUUACACCCGUCUACCAUGCCAAUAUAAUUUGCCUAUAAAUAUAUAAAA